AUGGGUUCAUUCAUGGGGCAACGCAAGAUUCUGAUCGUGGUGUUGGUCUUUCUGGCUUGGAUCUUCUACUUCAAGUUGCCCUGGCCUGACAGCACCACCCCUCGUCCCCCAGCACCUUGCUGUGCCUCGAAAUCUACCCCCAAGCCCACAGAAUCGCCCUCCGUCUUGGAGUCUGUCUCCCAGGAGUUUGGCAACCUGACCCACCUUUUGUACUGGCCUUCAAGCCCAGAAGAAGAAAAGGACCUAUUGGCCUCCACCAGCCCCAAGAACUCCACCUACCGCCUGAGGGGUCCUGCGCAGGCCAGCUAUGUCCUGGGGGGCUACCUGGAGGCCAUCCUUGUUGCCAGAGACCAUCGGGGCAGGCCCAAGACCCAUGGCGGGGAUCUGUUUCGAGCACAGCUACUGGGUCCCGACUUGAAGGCAGGGGUCCCGGGGGACGUCCAGGACCUGGAGAAUGGCACAUACCUGCUGUCCUUCCCCCUUCUUUGGGCUGGGCAGGCCCGGGUGCAAGUGCGGCUGAUCCACUCCAGUGAGGCCGUUGGGGUUCUGCGAAGAAUCUGGAGGGAGAAAAGAGCCACUGUCGAUUUUAGAGGGUAUUUCCGCGGCCCCACGGGGAAUGAAGAGACUGUGAUUUGCAAUGUCGACCCUCUGUCCGUUGGAACAAGAGGGCCCACCUGCCAGUACAGAAAUGUGGAUUCGGGUGAACUCUGGUUCUGUGCUCAGCCCUCUACCCUGCCCUGCAACUCUUUAGUUGGGCACUCAAGUGGGAGUUACCUGAAUGUGACCACUCUGUAUGAUGAGGCCCUGCUGGCACGGCAAGUGACAGACCAGGUGCUUCCUCAGGGCAUUUCUCCCAUCCAAGUCAGAAGGGCGGCCCCAGGAAACAGCAGCCUGGCCCUGUCCGCUCGGCCCCCGUGCAGUCCUGGGCUCCCCGCCACAAAGCCCUCUGGCUUCUACCACGGGCACGUGUGGCACUCGCUGUCCUGCUCCAGCCGCUCCUUCCCCACUGCUGACAGCGUCCUGGGCUGCCUGGCUGGUCGCGUCGUCCACAUGAUAGGGGACUCCACGCUGCGGCAGUGGUGGGAGUUCCUGCGUGACACCGUGCCCUCCCUGAAGCCGGUGGACCUACACGCCACGUACCAGACGGGGCCCCUGAUGGCCGUGGAGACCACGCGGAACAUCGUGCUGCACUGGCGGGCCCACGGCUGGCCCCUGCGCUCCCUCCGCACGCCCGUGGCCUCCCUGCACUCCGUGGUCCAGGAGCUGGGGGGCCUGGCCGGGGGCCCCCACACCGUGGUGGUGCUGGGGCUGGGCGCGCACUUCACCACCUUCCCUCCGUCCAUCUUUGUGCAGCGACUGGCAGGGAUCCGGGCGGCCGUGGCUGCGCUGCUGGCCCGCGAGCCCCACACGCUCGUGGUCAUCAAACUGGCCAACACGGGCUACAAGUCCGUGUAUGGCAGUGACUGGUUCACCCUGCAGGUGAACCGGCUCCUGCGAGCCGCCUUCGCCGACCUCCGGGUGGCCUUUGUGGAUGCCUGGGAAAUGACCUCCAGCCUGGCCCUGCCCGACAGCAUCCACCCCGUGAGGCUCAUAGUCCAAAACGAGGUGCACUUCCUCCUCUCCUUCAUCUGUCCCACCUGA